AUGCCUCGACCGGCCAGGCGCAACCAAGCUGCCCUUUCUGCUAGCCAUUCUAUUACCAACUUCGCCCGUGUCUCAAAAACUUACACCCCAAACGAUAAUACCAAGAAAAUUGUCGCCCAACCUGCAUCUUCGGUAAUCACCAGGAAACGAAAAGCGGCCACAGAUGGAGAAGAUAACCAUCCGAGAACCAAGGCUCGGACUGCCUCGUUCGCACCCAGUAGUGACGAUGAACUUGCCACGCCCAUAAAGCCCAUAUCAAGAAACCAAGAACUGGCUAUGAACCAUGUUGAAAAGAAUGUACCAAAAGGGAAACGAACUGCAAAGGCAACUCCCUCAAGGGCGAGAGCUGCCCACAAGCCCAUAGGGACCACACCUCUUUCUGAGGGCAAGAGGCAAGGAAAUACAGUGCAAACCAAGCUCGACAAUGUCUUCAAAACUCUGCGCAAGCAGACGGUCGACAAGGAUGCACUUCCUCUCCAUCUUGCCGAGCUCGUUGACAUACACCGGUCGUUUGUGAAGACAAUUAUGAUCCAAUUUGCUCAUAACGGCAACAAUUCACCUAUUGAUAUACGCACACUUGCGCCACACAUUUCUCAGACGUGGGGUAAACGGCAUGUCACUAUCGAGGAUAUCCGACGAUGCAUCGCUAUACAAACUUCGACAAAAACCAACUCUCGUUCACCAUUCAUAAUUGCCGACUAUGGCCGGGGAAAGAUUUGUGUUGAGCGCUCUCCUAUCGACACGGUACCAAUCCAUGAAGAGCGUUUGCUGAAACAAUUUGAGAUCAAUUUGAGAGCAUUGGGCACCGAACGGUCUGCUGAUGAAAUGGACAUUGACCUUCCGUUGGGCAACCUCUCGCUGAACGAGCUUCCGCAAGUAGAGAUAAAGAACAUGGACAACAGAACAACAGCGAAUCCAAUUCUCAACAAAGGACAGCGUGCGUUGUCAGAGCUCAAGAGUGGCAUUGUGACGAAGCAGUAUGAGAAGGCAGCAAGACAAAACACGGCAUCCAACAACCCCCUCCUCAACCCAGAUGGCACAAAGAUGAGCCUGCUUGAUCGGUUACGAUUAAAACAAUUAGCUAAAGCCAACGAACCCCUUCCCCCUUCUGGGCCCGAGCUUCAGCGACGUGCGGCCCUCAACCGCGUGGGCGAUGUUGCAGCAACCAUUUCAAUGCUGAGCCUAUCCAACCCUAUGUCCCUACCACGACAGGCUUUUACGAUGGCAGUGAUACUCGAGAAGCUCAAAGACUCUCUCCGGGUUCCGGUUUCCAAGGAGGAGGGGGCAGCUUGCGUGCGUUUGAUUGCCAGCGAUGUCGCCCCGGAAUGGCUUCGAGUCGUUACCAUCGGAGGCAGAGAAAACGUGGUUGUGCAGCGUAGCAGUCAACCCGUCGACAGAGUACUACAGAAUCGUGUGCAGAAGUUGUUGGCCUAG